AUGGCUGCAGUCAUACACUACGCGAAUGACAGCACAGAAUAUAUUGGUAUUCGUGUUCAGCCAAAGGAGGGUCAGACCAAAUCAAACCCAUCGAAGAGACAUCGAGAGCGCCUCAACUCAGAGCUCGAUAUGUUGGCCAGUCUUCUACCCUUCGAACAGUCCGUUCUCUCCAAACUCGAUAAGCUAUCGAUACUCCGAUUAAGUGUUUCUUACUUGAGGACAAAGAGCUACUUUCAAGGUAAGCCCACUUCUCCCUGUCCAUCAUCCCUGUGCGCUAUUACUUUGGCGAACACUCGGUCUGCCAUUCGUUGA